UCCUGUACUGUAGAAUCACAGCUGCUGAGAAAUAAAGGACUUUAAACCUAAGCUUUGACGAAAUUCAGACGAAGAUUAUAUGACAUUUAGAGUUAAAGACAAAGCAAUAGGCUAAUACUGUGAAAACACACCAGGCCUCCACGGACAUAAUACUGUUUUGUGUCAUCUAUUUUUGUUAUUGUUUAUAGCACUUCAUUUCCAGAGGACAAAAUACGUUCCCAUAUAUUGAACGCGCUUGAUGCUGUGAAGAAUAUCAGUUUUCCACUCACGGCUGUUUGUUUGUCUGGAGAGGUCAUGGGUAUCGGCGACCCUCUCGAGAUCUCAGGUAGUGAGUUAGUUCAUAUUUUGCGGACUCCCUCUGAGCUCUUCGCGUCUGGAGGAUGCAUCGUGUUGGACUGUCGGCCUUUCCUCGGCUUCUCCCGAGCGCACAUCAUCGAGUCCCGCAACGUCAACUGGAAUUCCAUGCUGAGACGGAGGUCCAAGAGCUCCGUGGUGUCUCUGGAAUGGCUGGUGGCCGAUAAGUCUCUGCUGGCCCAGCUGCGGAACGGGGACUUCUCUCCGGUGGUGGUCCUGGAUGAAAACAGUCGGUCGGUGAGGGAUUUGAAGAGCGAGAGUUUGGCCAGUCUCCUCAUCAGUGCCCUUAAGUUAGAGGUCCAGUCUGCCUCGACGCACAUAUGCUUCUUACAAGGUGGAUUUGACGGGUUCUCUGCACUUUAUCCAGAGCUCUGCUUUAACACUCCUGUCAUGUUCUCAAACAAUCCUGCUCUCAGUGAACCAGAGUCCAUUGUGUCCGGAAGAAAGACUCCUCUCUACGAUCAGGGUGGUCCAGUUGAAAUCCUCCCCUUCCUCUUUCUGGGCAGUGCGCAUCACUCGUCCAGACGGGAUACUCUGGAACGCUGUGGGAUCACGGCAGUGCUCAACGUGUCCUCUUCCUGUCCGAACCUGUUUGAGGAGGAACUUCAGUACAAAACUCUGAAGGUGGAGGACAGUCUUGCCGCAGACAUACGCGUGCUCUUUCCAGAGGCCAUCCAUUUUAUUGAUUCGAUAAAAGAGAGUGGCGGGCGAGUGCUGGUCCACUGUCAUGCAGGAAUCUCCCGGUCGGCCACCAUCUGCCUGGCGUACCUCAUACACGCUCGACGUGUCCGUCUGGACGAGGCCUUUGACUUUGUAAAACGCCGCAGACAAGUCAUCUCACCCAAUCUAGCUUUCAUGGGACAACUUCUGCAGUUCGAGACGGACGUUUUGUGCCCUUAUUCUGUACUAGACAGAGAAAACAGUGGCACUGCGUUUUAGUACCAGUCAAGAAAUCUUGAACUGGCCCCACUAACUUUCAGAUCUACUAGUCGCAGAUUUGACCUCAAAGACUGUGACAAAUCUACAAAGGUGCUUAAAGGAAGUUUUUGCUCGAUGCUAUGGGUGUAC